GCGUAAGGAAGUUCAUUUCCUAAAUUCUGUCCAAGUCGCCCGAGGCCCGUCAGCGGCUCCGCAUCACUGAGUGGGGGUGGCACCAAGUCCUCCAAGAGUCGGGGUCAUGCGUCGUCUUCUUGGGCCACAAGCCCAGGGUCAGAGCAAUCGUGGACCCUGUGCCGAGCCAGCCAGCUGGGGAGUCAGGGAGCUGUUUGGUGUUAGCCAGCAGACGGGCCGCCCCAUUUUGUCCUCCAUAAUACAAGCCACGUUUUAUUUGAUCGAUUAGUAGAACCAUGUGCUUCUGAUCAUGUGUCUGGGUACAUCUACUAAGAAAAAAAGAAAAAUGACCUGCAAAGUCAAAACGAGAACUUGGCAGGCAGGGGUAGACUAAGCCGCAGAGCGAGGUCGGCCGCACGUUACAGGAGGAGGGAGAACAGGAAUCCCGGGCCCGAGCUGCUGCAUGGGAAGUGAGCCACCUUCAGCUUCUCCGUGCCCUCGCUUCCAUUAUAAGGAAACCUGAGCAGGACAGAAGGACUGUGUUAUUCACCAGAGCAAUGACACACGCAUUUGCUGGUUGAUUGGGACAUUUGGGCUUUUACUUCUUCGUGAUGGACAGCAUAAUAAUCUCCUCUCAGCCCAGUGUGCUGAAUUUCAAAGUGCUUUCACAAGAGACUCUGCUGGAAGCUACUUGGGAGGUCCCUGGUUUUUCCCAUCAGCCAGUCUUAAUUGUCGGGAGAACAGCUCUCUUCCCUCCUUCUUGCCAGUCAUGCUCUCUGCUCUUUGGUGUAACCCAACCUCCAUGUGAUAAAUGCAUGCCUCUCAGCAUCCAGCUUUGCGUUUCAGGGAAAAUAAUACUAGCGCUGAGCCAGCCCCAAGUGUGGGGCUACAUUUUUGGCCAGAGGAGCUGCCUGGGACUGUGAGAGCAUCAUAAUGGAGGCUCCUGGCUGGCCGCCUCUUAGGGAGACCCUCUCCUCGUUUCUGCUGCCCCUUCCCUCACAGCGUUCCCCCACAGGCGUUUUCCUGAGUUCGUUUCCUUCAAAUACGGGGUUUUGUUUAAGGCCAUGACUGACCCUGUUGCCUCCCACCCUCAGUUUCUUGCCCAGUUAAAGCUCAUGGACUACAGCCUCCUGGUGGGAAUCCAUGAUGUGGAAAGAGCCGAACAGGAAGAGGUGGAGUGUGAAGAGAAUGACGGGGAAGAGGAUGGGGAGAGCGAUGGUACCCACCCUGUCGGGACCCCUCCGGACAGUCCUGGAAAUACACUGAACAGCUCACCGCCCUUGGCUCCAGGGGAGUUUGAUCCAAACAUUGAUGUUUAUGGAAUUAAAUGCCAUGAAAACUCGCCCAGGAAAGAGGUGUACUUUAUGGCAAUUAUUGACAUUUUGACUCAUUAUGAUGCAAAAAAGAAAGCUGCCCACGCCGCAAAAACUGUUAAGCAUGGCGCUGGUGCAGAGAUCUCGACCGUGAACCCAGAACAGUAUUCAAAGCGCUUUUUGGACUUUAUUGGCCACAUCUUGACGUAACCUCCCACAUGGCCUUGGACGGACAUGAGCACAGGAAGGAAAGAGGUGGCUUCGGUGUAGGAAAAAUGAAAACCAAACUCAGUGAAGCACACCUCCUCGUUUACAUCUUCAGGCCAAGAUGACUGAUUUGGAGGCUACUCGCUUUAACAGCUACCUGAUAUUUCCCAGCAUCGUUCUAGCUAUUUCUGACACGUGUGCGUGCGUGCGUGUGUGUGUGCCUGUGCGCGCGUGUAUGCGUGUAUCUUAAAAAAAUAAUUAAUUAAUUAAUUAAUGCAAACCGGUCAGCUUCAGUCAGAGUGCAUUUGGGCAACAACCCUCUGAUUCCAGCUGUGGAUGGAUGGAUGGAUGGAUGAGCACAUGUGGGGGGAGGGGGCGAAGGAAAUGCAUGUCAGACCAACCAUGUUGGCAUCACGCGAUAAACUGUGGAUCAGUUUAUUUUUUGGAGUUGAAAGAUGUGACAGUAUUCAUAAUAAUAAUGAAGAUAAUAAUAAUGAUGAUAAUAAUGAUGGUGAUUAAAAGAAAAAAACUUACUGCGAAUGUUACAUUUCUACCACGCACGCGGACACUCCUUAAUAGUUGCCCCCCAAGCCCCUGGCGCUGGGCGGGGGGUCGCUGGCAUCUCCAGCACGCCCUGGCUCAGGGUUCUGCCUCCACAGUGUCGGGGCUCCCGGCGUCCAGGGACAAAGACCCCUCCUCUAGCAAGAAGCUGAUGCCCCUAGUGACUCUUGUCUGUACAUUUUCACCUCAGUAAGUAUGUCCAGGAAAACUGCUUACUUCUCUUUUCUUGCCUGGAGCUUCUUCACUGUUACACUCUUAUGUUGCAAUAUAGGAAUUAAUGCUACAAAAUAAAAAUAAAGCUUACCUGCAAAGUGCAUAGUUUUGGGCAAUGGUAUCUACAUCUCCUACAGUGGGAAGGUGAGCAGAGCAUUAGAACUCUGAAUUCUGUUAACGAAGGCAAAUCUGAAUUCUAAGAUGUUUAUGUUUCACCAUUGGUUAAACAGUGGUAUUUUGUUAUCAAUUAUCCCUUUAACUGAAACCCUCAAUUUUACUGUUUACAUUAUUAGGAAAACAGGGAUAUUUUUGAAUCUAAAAAUUUAAUGUACAGCAUGUGAUUUUUUGAAGUUUACAUGUAAAGUCAUUUUACGGUGUAGGUGAAAUAAUGUUUGUCAUAUUUUGAAAUGUAUCCUGCAGUCAUGUUUUUGGGUGAAUGUUUUAUUCAAGUACAUGGUAGGCAGUCUUACACAAUAAAAGGAAAAGGGUUGUUUUGUUUCCUCCAGAUGUACAUUUAUCAACCUGAUGAUUUUUUUCUAAAUGUUUAACCCAAAUCUGGUUAUGUAAGUUCAUUGCCCUAAACUGUGCUGUGUUUUAAUCAGUUUAUAAAUUUCCAACAUCGAUCAUGUAUUUACCAACUUUCUGGCAUUUUCUGAAAGGCAUCAAGCUAAAAUAUUAGACUUGCUUAGAGUAGGUUGUCAACUUAUACACUGUGCUAAAGCUGUGCCUUUGAAAUUCUUUGUUUAAAACAUGAGAUGAUUUUUGUAGGCAGUUUCAGAAAAGAAAAAAAAAAAUCCACCUUUCAGUGAUUAGUUAUAACUCCGCAAACCGCCCCUGCCAUACUGCCUCUUCCAGGAACUUUACUUCAGGGCUUAUCAAGACUGCGACUGUGCCCACUGGGUGUGGGUUUACUUCGGAGAACACGGUGAUAGCAAAUCAGGAUCUCUGGAAGCCAGCAGCAACGCCAUUCUAUGACUAGUUACUGACUUCACCCAGGUUUGUUAGCCACGGUGGAUAAUGCUAUCGCCACUGGGCCAUGGUCAUCCAAAUCUGUAUUUCAUGCAUUCAAAUUAGUUGAGACUGUGAUCUGGGCCCCCACUCCCCCACCAUUCAUCCUGGCAUCGAGUCCCUUUCAGUGUUCUGAAGUUCUACGGUGGUUUCUUUGACCCAAGACUACAAAAGUGAGACCCUGAAGUAAAGAUAAGGUACACAUACAUUAUUUGAGUAACUAUUUCCUUUGUGGCCAGUCUGUGUAUGCUUUUAGAAGUUUACAAAAUGCUUUAUUUUUUGUAACAGUCUCUGUCGUUCAUUUCUGUCGAUAAACUAUUUGGACAGAGUGAGGAAGUUUGCCUUGUAUCUCCUAGUGCUAACAAUACACUCCAGUCAUGAGCCAGGCUUUACAAAAUAAAGCACUUUGAUGACUCACAA